GGGUUUUUGUGGCCGGAAGGGCCCUUGAAAUACAGAAAGAGGGUGCAUGCCACAUGCAUGCACCACUUUGCUUACUGAGAAACAAUUCAAGGGGAGAAUUUGACAGAGUUUGAACAAAGCUUCCGAAUGGCUACUGAACAAGACUCAGAUGCUCAAAAGAAGCUAGCCGAGGACUUAUACAAGGCUGUAUACAAUAAUGACGUCACCAAAGUUAGGUCCCUGUUGAGACAGGGGGCGAACCCCAACCACCAGCUCUACUGGAGUGACGAGUGGGCGUAUGAGGAGCCUCCAUUACACAGUGCUUGCUAUAAGGGCUACCUUGAGAUUGUGAAGACACUUGUUACUCAUGGAGCUCGUACUGAUAAAGGUGGUGGGAGGCUCAACGGGACUCCACUUCACUGGGCAUGCGAGGGAGGUCAUAAAGAGGUGGUGCAGUACUUGAUCGAGGAGGUCAGAUGCAGCACUGAUGUGAGGGAUGAUGAUAACGAGACUCCUCUUCACUCUGCUUGUUAUGGAGGAAGUAAAGACACGGUACAGUAUCUGGUGGAGGAGCUGAAGGUGGAUGUUGAUGUGAGGGACAGGUGGGGCCUAACACCACUGCACUAUGCUUGUGUGGGAGGAAAUAUACAACUAGUGAAAUACCUAGUUGAGGAACUAAAGUGUGAUGUUGAUGUGACUGAUGAUGAUGGCAAAACUCCUCUUGACUGGGCAGUAGUGAUGGGUCACACUGAAGUUGCUGACUAUCUCAAGUCUGUAGUCUCCACUCCUGAACCAGAUACUCCAAAUGGUUCCGAACAACUUUCUUCAAAGGAUGAUCCUAACCUAACCUCAUCAAGCACUCCAUUGACUGAGGAAGACUCUGAUGCUCUAGAAAAGCUGCUCCUAGACAACAAAAUCUCUUUGACUGGUGAAAGGACAUAUGAGACAGUUGAACACUACCUUCGUGAACUCGGACACGAGAAACUAGCAACCAACCUGAGGGCAAACCUUGACAAAGUGAUUGGAGAGCAAAAGCGAUAUCUGAAGAAAUUGGACGAUCUGAUGACUGACAAAGACACUAUCUCCAUGCAGUACCUCCGCCUCCUUCUUGUCGGGCCACCAUCUGUGGGGAAAACAACAACUCUUGGCCGUUUACUGAAAGAUAUCGUAAACAUCAGUUCUGCUGGAGACAAGGCAAAGCUACGCAGUACGCUACUCACCAAUUGCCAUCAAGUGGUCGCCUACAUGAACAAAGAUGCCACAGAAUGGGUUUGUUCUAAAGACGUAGAAGAGGAAGCAAAGAUCCUCUUUGGCUACAUGUACAGUAGCAAGGUCGAUGAAGUCCCAAGUGCCCCAACUGAGAAAAAGACAAAAACUGUCCCCGAAAGCGAAAAGCACACAAGCACAGCCAAACCACCUUCCCCUGAAAAGCCUCGGCCAAAACCUCCACAUUCUGAAAGACGAGAGAAUGCUUACCAACAGAACAGGCUCAUACCCAUCAAGGCUCGACUGCAAAAGCUGAUAAAGAACGGAAACUACUCUGAAAUGGCCAAAUGUCUUGGCAACACCUUACUAAACAUCAACGAUGUUGGAGGACAACCUUCCUUCCUAGAAAUGCUACCAGCCCUAUGCAAUGGUCCGGCCAUGUAUCUAGUGUUCUUGGAUCUAAGCAAGGAACUUGACAAGCCCUACGAUAUCCCCUUCAGUCGUGACAACACAGUCAUUACUCCAUUCAAAGCUGUACACACAGUGGAAGCCACAGUCUCUCAAAUCCUCUCAGCAGUUGCCAGUAUCCAUCACGUCUCUCGAGAAGAUGCCAAGUACAAAACCACCUCCAAAUUGAGCGAAAAGUUUGAAAAGUUCCAACAAGUUCGUCCGGUAGCAGCUUUGAUCGGUACUCACGUGGACAAGUUGGAGAAUCCAAAAGAAAAAAUCAAGCAAGUCAACGAUGCUCUGAAAGCAACCACUCAAAAGUUUGCCGAGAUCCUUGUAUCACCUCCGUCAGAUUCUGAAUCUUCAUUUUUUGCCGUGGACAACUUUGCUGGAACUGAACAGUCUGACAUUGCCCCAAUUCGUGAUUUCAUGAGCGAUGUUUUCGCCUGUCACUUCAAGGAUGCAUCUCUGCCCAUCAAACCGAAAUGGCUCCUACUGGGCACACUACUGCGGAUGGAGUACUCAAUCGUGUCGAUGGAAGACUGUCUGGAAAUAGGGAGAUUGUUGGAAAUGGAUGAAGAAGACACCAAAUUCUGUCUCUGGUACCUACAGAAGAUUGGAUCCAUACUCCAUUACGGGAAUGUACCCAACGAUAUCGAUGGCUGGCUAAGCAACCACAUGUUCUGCACCCCUGAAGUGAUCUUCACUAGCAUCAGCCAACUGAUCCUUGCUGCUUUACGCAUCCUCCAUUCUGAAGGCCACGUUACUGAGUUUGAGCGAGCAGAGUUGGUCAAGAUGGGGCAGUUUUCACUGGAGGCCAUUAUCAAGUACUGUAAUGGUCCCGAUGUUACAAAGAUGCUCAAUGAAGGAGAGAUUAUCCCAGCCAAGCAUCUCAUCAUACUGCUGCAAUAUCUCAACCUUCUUUCCGAAAUUGUCCACAAAGAUGCCAAUGAUCCGAAGGUCACUCGAAUCACGUACCUCAUGCCGGCUAUUUUGGACUGUGCUUCACAAGAGGAGCUGACCAACCCACAUCCACCAGACAACAACAACCCAGAACCACUCCACAUCAAAUUCAGCUUUGGUUACGUACCAACAGGAGUUUUCUGUGGGCUCAUCUCUCGACUAGUUUCCCAAGGCCCUCAUGGAAUUCUCGGAUUGACGUGGGAAUUGGUGGAACAUGGCGUCAAACGAAAUUGUGUAUCGUUUUCUGUCGAUGAUGUUCAUACGGUUACACUACUCUCCCACGAAAAGAGCUACGAAAUUCGAAUCUCUCGAGACGACUCUGACACCUCUCUUCAUGACCUCUGUGGAUAUGUGCUGACAGCAAUCCUCUACACUCUCAAGUGCCUGUUCCAACAUCUGGUUAUGCAUAUUGCAUUCCAAUGUCCCUGUUCCAAAGCUUGUACUGAAUGCAGCGUCAACCAUCUGUGUGCUCUCUCUAGCAAAUCACGAAUCAGGUUUAUCUGUGAGGCUUCCAAGAAAGCUGUUGGACUCAAAUCAGAACAGCAAGUUUGGCUAGGAAAGGCUGUAAGUGUUGGUCAGAAGGCAAGCUUGUGUGUGCUCAAGUUUGCUAGAAAGUCUUUGGAUCAGUUUUCCUUUGAUUGGAGCAAAGUGGGAGAUGAUGACACAGCACUUGUUCUCAGCAAACCCAAUACUGUGAGCUUCCAGAGUGUGAGAGAAGAGGACUUUGGUCACUACCAGUGUGAUGUGAAGGAUGCAGCUGCUGGGAAAGUGCUCCUCACUCUCUACACAGCUCUCUACAAACACCAGUCAAGUAAUGCAGUGACUCCACUAGCCACUCCACACACAACCACUCAGUCAGCUCAUGAGACGACAGCGACUGCAGCUCAGUUGGAUAGUGAGUGCUCGGAUGAAGCUCUUCUCCAGUUGUCUACCGAGAUUGCUGGCUACCAUAAAUACAAGCACAGGCUGGGCCUCAGUGAUGCUGAGAUAUACGCUAUCGAUCAGAGUCCUUCCAUGGUUGAUAAUAUCCCUGGGAGAUUUCACGCUGCUCUGAAGAAAUGGAAGAGUAAAAGUAUUGUUGAAAUGUAUCCAUCGAAAUCGUCAGCUACUUACGGUCGAUUAGUGGAGAUUGCCUCAGAGAUUGAGGACGGAGAGUCAGUUCGCAGCAUUCACAAGGCCUGUGUGGAGCAUACCAAUACUGGAGUUGCUUGAAAGGGAGAUGUCAAGUAAAGAAGCAUGCAAGAAUGUCAAGUAAAGAACUAACUCUGUGUUGACUAUAAGUACUGACUAUUAUAAUGCUCUGUGUUCUGUGUUUGAUUAUACCACCUUCUAUUUUUAAAUUU